UGGAAAGUAUGUGAUUUUAUCAAAUUGUCCCCAUGACACUUGCAACAUUCCUAUUGUGCCCUCACCCCCAUCAGACGAUCUUCAGCCCCCGAGGCUCUGACUCUCCCUCCCCUAGGAGACAGCCCAAGGAAACCUCUAUUGCCGCCGCCGUCGACAUUGCUGAGGAAACCUCUGUCUCCUUCACCGUCUACAUAGCCACCGACGGCAACAGAUUCUUUCAUCCUUGCAACGGCAACGGUCUCUUUCUUAUGCUGCCGGUUUCUUCGAUUUCAUCCUCCCAAGCCAUCAAUGUUGCCGUCACUAGGAAUUUACGCUUCAGCUUUCACUCUCUGUAUGAAUUUUUUCUUCAAAUGUAUUUCAGCAGCACAUGAAUUUCUGGUAAGCUAUGGUGCUAGUUAGAAGUGCACAAAUUGUUGGCAAUCUCAUUUGCGGAGCUGUACAAGAUUCUGGUUGCACGAAGCUGAGGGAUGUAAAUAAGCAAUUUUGUCAAUGGUUUAUGACUGUGUCUGCGAGCUCUGAGUUGCCAAGAAAACUGAAGAAAUCUGAGAGAAAGCCACUGGUGAGAAGUAUUAAUGAACUGAAGCGUGAAGCUAGACAGAAAAAGAAGGAUAGGCAAAAGGUGCAUGAGAUUAUACUACAACCUCCUGAAAAUGGCUUGUUGGUGAAGGAAUUAAUUCCUGUUGCGCAUGAAGUCUAUGCGGCCAGACUUGAACUUCUAUCUAUUGUUUCAAGGCUUGUCAAGCACAUUGCUAUUUAUACAUGCAGCUUGUGUGGAGAAGCUCAUGUUGGUCAUCCACCACAUAAAAUAAAAUCAUGUAAUGUUAGAGGAAGCUUAUCAAGCAAACAGCAUAGUUGGGUCAGAGGAGGUCUUGGACAUAUUUUGCCAACUGUGGAGUCAUUUCAUCUGUAUGACAGAGUAGGAAGGGCAGUUUCACAUAAUGAAAUGCUCCAAGUGGACCGAAUUCCUGCAAUUGUUGAAUUGUGUAUGCAGGCAGGUGUUGACAUGCCUGAAUACCCCACCAGGAGAAGGGCCUUCCCUGUUUACUCUUUGGCUGGUAGGAUAAUUGAUUUUGAGAAAAGGUUUCCCAAAGAUAUUUCUCCUGGCAAAGACAUAGACGCAAGUGGGUUUUGGCAUGAAAAAAAGAGGGUGGAUGAAGGUGCGAAUUCAAUGGAGUUGCAUUAUAUUGAUAUUCAAGGCUUUGGUGAAGUUAUGGCUGUUCAAGGAAUGAAAGCAUGGGAGAAAAUAUGCACUGGAGCUUCAAAACUUAUGGAGAAGUAUGCUGUACAAACUUGUGGAUAUUGUCCAGAGGUGCAAGUAGGACCUAAAGGUCAUAGAGUACGAAAUUGUCAAGCCUACAAACACCAGAUGAGGGAUGGGCAGCAUGCUUGGCAGGAGGCUACAAUCAAUGAUUUGGUACCUCCAGUGUAUGUCUAUCAUAUUCGAGAUCCGCUAUCUAGUGAACCUUUGGUAAAUGGGUUGAAGAGAUAUUAUGGAAUGUUGCCUGCAGUGGUUGAGCUGUUUGCACAGGCUGGGGCACCCGUUGGAAAGAAAUAUGCAAGUGCAAUGAGGGAAGAUAUUGUCAUCCCUAAAAUGGAUGAGGCAAAGUGGGUUGUUUAAAAUUAUAAAUUGAAUUCCUGGCCGUGCAUGGAAGGUCCUUUCAGGUUGAAAAAGAGUCUAAUCCGGAAAUUCAAGGUUUGAUGUAUCUGCAAAAAUUUUGAGAUGGUGAAAGCCAGAGAAGAGAAAGUGGAUAUGUCUCAUAUAAUAAGUCAGGCAAGUGGUUGGAGAAAAAUUAGAAUUGUAGAUGUAACUUAUUGUGAUUGCUGACAACUAAAUUUUGCAGUUUUGGUUGCAUGGAGCCUUCUUCUGCCUGCUGGCGUGGAACUCAAUUUCACCUAUUUUUUCCCCAUGCUCUUCAAUCAAAGUAGAACUGCACGUCUGAAAACCACCAAAUUUAGCUGGUGACUCUGUUUUUACUUCCACAUGGCAGGCACCACUUGUAAAAUGUCGGAUUCUCUUGUGGAAAGGUCUCCGAAUCUAUCUUAUGUAUGGUGGCAAUCAAUCGAUUUUAGUUCUUGAUUGACCAAAAUUGGGAGUUCUUUUCCUGAGGCAUUUCUGCUUUGCUAAGCCUUGAAGGAUAAGGGCAUGAGGCAUGUUUUCCCCCCCACCACUUGAUGGUCUACAACUCUAUGUUGCUUUGAAUGAUAUGUAAUUCUGAUUCAGAAGGAUUCUAGUACAAAAUACUUAGUUACGUGAUUUCAGACCAAGAAAUCUGUUUCUGGGAUAAAUGUAUGAGAAAAGGGAGCAAUUCCACUCUUAGAAAUAUAAUUGGAAGGAGUGGCAAUGAUAUCGUAUAACUGGUAGCAUGCCAGGGGUGCUGAUCUGAUUGGUGCUUAAUUUUAAGAAUCUGUCACUAUACGGAAGUGAAGAGAUUAUAUAUGAUGUGAGUCAAAGCUUAUUACGCUUUUGGUUUAUGGUAUGUCGAAUCAUCGAUUUACCGGAUUAUAGCCGCAUUGUGUUUGUUUUCACUUACAGAUGUCUUGAGUUACGAUGUAGCAUUGGGGCUCAUGACCUUAUUGAUUGUUGCUUUCAUCUUUACCCUUGUGGCCUUUCCCCAUGUAUUAAAAACUACUUGCUUCAGAAAUGUCAUGUGUCUGUCCUCUGUGAAGUAGAUGGUAAAGAUGUCCAGAAGUUGUUGACAAACACACUCAUUCUUUUAUAUAUUACAAGUUAUUUUGUUGAA